CAUUUUGGCCCAAGCAUUUGGCCAGAGCUGGGGCCGGUCCGCUUGGCGCAGGCUAAGCAUGGCGGCGCGGGUCCUCAUGGGCCAGGUUGCCUUGAUGCUGGUGGCAGCCCUUAUGGUGGUUGCCUCGUCCAGUGCAUUUCUUCUCCCUGGAGGCCUUUCUGGUGGUCCAAGGCUGGCCGCACGUGCUGAAGGCGCUGCAGAGGCAACGACAGCAUCUCCAAGAUCAGCAGAGGAGCACCAAUUCAGCUUCAGUGGCAGCAGCUUGUUGUUCUUGACGGCUGCCGGGGCCAUUGCACGCAAUGUCGGCAUGCACGCAGCAUCGCCCAAAGGAAAGCGAGCACAUUGGAGAAGCCACCGAGACAAGGUGCGUUGGUACCGACGAGGCGAGUUGCAAGCGAAGAGAGCUUUGAAACUCGGGCGUGGCAUCAAGAUGGGUACCAUUGACUUCAUCUACGGCAAGCCACAGGACGAGGAAGAUGAUGAGGACUACGAUGACGAGUACGAUGACGACGAUGACGAGCUUGAGGAAAAGUCCAUCGGCUGAGUAGUGUGCUACCGUCCAUGUCUGUGCGCAGGUCAUAUUGCCUAAGGCCUAAGACCACAAC